AGCAAAAUAAAAUUAUCCCGUCUACUUUAAUUUACCGCGAAUUAGUAGCACUCGGAGCUCCCGCCACUUGCGGUCACGUGAUUUUGCCUUCCACGGCCGCGGAUGCGCAAAUGCAGACGACGUGCACCAUCUAUCGUAGUACCACGAGUUAUAUCCUCCCAAUGCGAUGAAAUUCUUCCUUGUCAUGCGACGUGUGCAGCCCAUUGAGGCAUCAGGACUACAGCAGUAACACUACGGUAGAACCUGUUGCUUGUAUUAUUCGAUUCAGGAAUUCUCGGUUGCGGAUCAGUCUGUGUCAAUGUGAGAAUGUCUGUAAGCGACCCACUACUCAAGGAGCUCAGAGAUCACAUUAUAGAGCUUCGGCGGCACAACCUGGCUGUGGAAAUUGAUGACAGCAACCAGCUUCUCCUUCCUUUCUGUGUCACUCUGGAGGGUAUCUUCAGAAAGGGCUUGAAAACACAAGUGCCAACUGCUUUAGGCUGCAUCAAGAAGGACUAUUGGAACGUCUUUCAUUGUCUGCUUCUCCAGAAGGACAGGUUGAGGCUGCCUUUUAAAGUGGCAACAGCAAUACAGAGUGUAAGCGAGUUCAAGAAGGUACAGACAUCUGUAGGUAGAGGCCGACUCCUCAUCCGUGUUUUGCUGAAGAGGCAGGUGAUGUCUGUCGCAGUGGCUUCGUGUCUCUCAGCCAAGAAGCUUCUAGAGGCAACAUAUGAUCCACUGUUCUCAAUCCUUGGCAAUGAAAUUCUAGCAGAAAUCUUCCUGUCGCUCUUGCAUGCCGUUGACCAAGUGAGGUUUUGCCCAGUCCUGAGGAAUGCCAGCUUCCUCGAUGCUACCUGGCAACUCGGAGUUUACAAACAACACGAGCUGGUUCCAUGCACUAGCCUUGGCAUCAGCAUUCGGUUUGUAGCAGGGCAUGCAGUUGUUGUGCGUGUAGCCGAGGGCAGUGUGGCAGCUGAAGAUGAUAAAGUGCGGGUGGGCGACGUCGUCGACGAAUUAUUUGGCGAGAGUCUUCGCUACAAGUCUCGCCGCUUUGCCGCUUCCCUACUGGAUCACUUCGAAGGACUUCCCGUUUACCUCGCAGUUAUUCGGCGCUGUUACUCGGAUGGAGCUCCCUACCCCCCUGUCGAAGAACUAUUUGCAGCCACUUUGCCCAAGGUCAACCUGGACACUACUUCCCAUACUACCCGUACUUCGAGCCUCUUCCCGGAAGUGUCGCAGCCCAUGGGGAUUCCCGUCAAUCCCCCACAAAAUGGGUGCGGAUAUUCGGCUAUAUACCUGGGUGAGACUUGCAUGGGCAAGCGAGGUGGCGUGCUGCAAGUGGAACGCGGCAUUGGAGACGUUGUCAGCCGAACUACGCAAGAGGUGCUUUGGGUUUCUUCACUGGCGUCGACGACCAAGUGGAAUGCUAUUCUUGAAGUUGAAGACUGCUAUGUACGAGCCUUUCAUCAAAAUACCAAACAGGAGAUAUUAUGGAAGCACUACACAGAGGUGGCGUCCUGCGGAAAACGAAUGGACAUGCCUUGUGUUCUGGCUAUCAUCGCCGGGGAGACCACGUGUACAGUUGCUGAGAAUUUUAUCUGCUACGUCUUCCAGGUGCAAGACGAAAAUAUUUGCCAAAUGGUCCUGUCCAGCAUAGCGCAAGGAUUUCAGCGCACCAGCUGGUCUGUGUAGGGUGUCGCCCGCGGAAUGCACUUCAUGGGACUCGUUUUUGUUCUUCAAGAAAUCUACAUGUGCGCUGAUGUCAAGCUUUACCCCUUUUGAUAGAAAUAUAUUUCGGGUCUCUUUCGUGCCUUAGUAACGAAGCAAUAAAGAAACUGCAGAGUAACAAAAGA